GCUGGGCGGCUACUUCCUCCCCUCGGGUGCCGAUGGCGGCGAGUGACACGGAAGCGUCUCAGCAACAGACAGAUGAAAUUGAAGCCCUUUCAUCCAUAUAUGGCGAAGAUUGGUGUGUUGUUGAUGAAGAUGAAAAAAUCUAUUGCAUUAAGAUCAGUGAUUGUCUGGAUCGACCAAAAUGGACUCUCUGUCUGCAGGUGAUUUUGCCACCAGGAUAUCCAACUUCAGAGCCACCUCUUUAUCAACUAAAUGCCCCUUGGCUUCGAGGACAAGACUAUACGGAACUAGCAAAUAGCUUGGAAGAAAUAUAUGUACAGAACCUUGGUGAAAGUAUACUUUAUUUAUGGGUGGAGAAGAUACGAGAAGUUCUGAUAGAAAAGGCACAGUCGUCUGAUCCAGAACCAGAUGUUAAGAAAAUCAGUGAAGAGGUUGAUGAAGGUGAUGGAGAUGAUUUUCUUCUAGACUAUCAGCCCAUUCAGGAAGAUCCAAUUCAAAUGUUAAAUUACAUUACAUCUGAAAGUCAAGAAGAUGAAGAACUGCCAUCAAUACAUCAUGGAAACCCAAUCACAGAUCGAAGGAGUACUUUUCAGGCACAUCUGGCUCCUGUGGUGACACCUAGACAAGUAAAGAGAGUUCUUGAAAAAUUGUAUGAAAAUAAGAAAAUUGCAAGUGCUACCCACAACAUCUAUGCAUACAGAAUAUAUUGUGAAGAUAAGCAGACCUUCUUACAGGAUUGUGAAGAUGAUGGGGAGACAGCAGCAGGUGGACGUCUUCUUCACCUCAUGCAGAUUUUGAAUGUCCACAAUGUGUUAGUUGUGGUAUCCCGUUGGUAUGGAGGUAUUCUCUUAGGACCAGAUCGUUUUAAACAUAUAAACAAUUGUGCAAGAAGUGUACUUGUGGAAUACAACUAUGUACCUUCAGUGGAGGAAUCAUCUAAACAAGCAGGAAAAAGCAAAAAGAUGAAAAAGGACAACAAGAAGAGAGCAGAACACUAAUUUAUUUUUUAAAAAGCUAUAAAGGAUUAUUUUGCAUAUAUUUAUACAAAGAAAACAUGGACAUUAUUGCCUUAUCCAAUACAACAGACAUUUUGUAUUUAAGAGAAUUCAGUAAAGCUAUAGAGAUAGUUUCAUCUUGUUCUGUGAUUUCUUCUACUGUUCUGAAGUGGAGCUUGGAUACAAGUUUUCUGUAUUCUUAUACAUAUCAGCCGCGUGUUGUGACGGUAUUGCAACAUCUGGAACCGUUUCCCCAUCCCACCCUUUCACACUGAUUGAUGGUUGCCUAAUUUAAGAUGUGGAUUACUUUAUCUUCUCCAUUUGAACUCAAACACCUGUCUUGUAUUAGUAACUGAAUUCUGUAGUUUGUUGUAUUGUGAGUGAGGCUGGAGUCAUUCAUAGACCAGGCUGCUUAUGGAGUUUUAGAUUUUCUAUACCUAAGAUGAAAGUGUGUGGCCCAGUUCUGUGUGGCCUUGGAGUGCCUGGGCCAGCCUGUGCAGUUCUCAGUCAUACUAGAUAGGGCCUGCUUAGUGACGUAAGAAAAGGUGAAUGUGGGUGAUGAACCCAGAAACGUGAAGAAACUGCUGUGCAGUUUCUUGGGGAUCGUGAUGUGAGUGUUGGGAUUCUAGAAGCCUCUUGACAACCUGAGCAUUAAGUGUUGUAUAAUUAAGGGAAUUAAUGAUUUCAACAAAGAAUAUGGGAAUCUUGAAAUCGGACCAUUAUGGCUAGUAGUAAAUGAUAGUAAAUAUUCUGAAUUGGCUUUCAUUGGUGGUGAGGGGGGAAAGACAAAUGUUAAUGGUACAGUCACAAACACUGGAAUUUUCUACUCUUUUGUUAACAGCUUUCAGAUUUAAUACGUUGCAAAAAAAAAAAAUGAAGUCUUCCAUUGGUUAAAUGUCAUUUUUUUCUAUUUUGAAAAGAUUUAAAUCAUAUUUUUAAACAUUCCCUUGAUGUCUUCCACUUGGGGAGGAUGAUGGCCUGUUGGGCUUUUUUUAUUUUUUAUCAAGUUAAUUCUAAACUUUUGUGAUCUGUUAAUUACUAGCUGAGUCACAGGUGCUUUCUUACGUCGGGUACACCUUGUAUGAUUUGCUUAGUCACUAAAAGUAGUCAUAGUCCUAACAUUACAUUUCUCUAGUGGCACUUACAUACCCUUACAAAUAGCACCUUUAAAUCAGCUUAUUUGACCACCAAUUUGGAAUCCGUCUUUUUGCCAGUAUGUUCUUACGCAGGCCUGUUCAUUAUAGUUCUCCAGCAGAAGUACCCCGGAAAACCUUUCCCAAGGCAAACAGGGAUGUUCCUUAAGACUUUCAGUAACUUAAAAAGUACCACUAAAAUACAUGAUGGAAAAAAAAAAAAAAAAGAUUCUCUGACAUAGAUUCUGCAUGGAUUUAUUGAAACAAUUUAAUGCAUUUAUGUUACCUUGUCUGCACUCUAAAGCACUUUUGGGCUCAUCCUUACCGUCUGUGCUUGCAAUAACAAAAUGGCAUUUGUCCUAGGGAAGGAGAUCCAUAUGUGUGUAUGUAUGUAAGUACUAGUCCUUCCUUUUUUGGGUCAUACAAGUAUUUCUUGUUCAUAGUUUUGUCUGUCUUACUGACAGACUCUUUCAUUUUGCCAUUCACUUUCAGUACCUUAUAACUUAAGUAUUCCAAAGUUUCUUUUGCUUUCAUGAAAGUUUGAAAUUAUAGCGAUUACUUAAAAGGGAAAUAGGUGAGUUGACAGAUGUUCUGCUAGAGCUGUCCAAGAUUUGAUUCCACUCAUGGUAAUGCAUGUUCUUUCUCAGAAGAGCAUCCUUUAUGCCUGAACACUCGAAUCAACAAGUGAUUCUAAAGAUUUGAACUUUUGAGUGUUUAGUAUGAGGUGUAUGAAAGGUUUUUGUUGGGGUUUUGUUGUUUUUGGGGUUUUUUUAAAAUUUCUGGUGGGAUUUUUUUGUGAGGUUUGUUUGUUUUCCCAGAAGACACCAAUCCUUGUCCUUGGGAAUCUCAUAUUCCAGUGCUAUGUGUUAGUGAAAACUAAAACCCCCAAAUUGAAGAAACAAGUUUUUGAUAACCACUUGCUGCAUAAAUGAAAUAGACCAUGUAUGUCAUCCAGUCAGUGAGCAAAGUGAAUCCCCUACCCUUAAAAUAUCUCGAAAUGGGGCAUCAAAGUGGAAAUGUGUAUUUUCAUGCUCACUCUUUCAAAGACGAUGGUUAGCUGUCAGAUAGACACUUAGGUAGAGAAGUUGUGUGCUCUUCCUAUUUUUGUAUGUAAGCAUUUCAUAAGUUUAAACUUCCUCUCGUCUAAGAAUUAAGUUUUCAUCAGAAGAGUUUUGUAACUCAGGAUUUUGUCCUUUCAAAAGUAAUGCCUCAGCAUACCUCAUGGCCUAAAGCAGCUGUGAUUCUUACACUUUGAUUAUUAGCUAUGCUUCAAGAAGGCUGUAUCCCUUCACUUAUUUGAAUACAAUUGUUUCUACUUCGUAGUUCGGAAGGUGUUAGAGCAGCAGUGGUCAUUAUAUGUCAAGGUCAAAAAUUUAGCACUGAGGCAGCAGUUGAAGUCCUUGGGAUGUCAAGGGUGUUUUCACACUGGGAUUGAUAACCAAGGGAUGUAAAUAACCCGUUCCACUUGUAGAGCUGAGCAGCAGCAGAGACCUGGAGUAUAUUUUGUUCCUUGCGUUUUGAUCAUUGCCUAUGCAUUUCACUU